ACAACAUGUGCAUAAAGCGAAAACAACACCCUCCGACCCCAUUCAAAACCUUCCACCCCAAAGGGUGGUGAAUCGUUGCAUAUAUUUAGAACUCCACCAAGAAACAUUCCUUAGCCUGCCAUCGAACAUAAACUGUGGUUGGUAGUUUAGUCGAGUGGUGAAAAUUUCAACUGUUCGCAAUAUACCUACAUACCUACUUCCUGCUCGCUACGUGACUCCUUCUGGCAUUUGCCAUAUACACCAUUCUUACCGAGCGCACUGAAGCACAAAAGGUGAAAUGUUGAAAACCCCAAUAACCUACAGAGUGUAGUGUUCGCGAUAAGUGAUGGUAGGGAAAGUAAUGUUGUUUUCCGAGCUCAUAUCUGCCAUUCAGUUUUUUUCGAUCGAUUCGCUGACUAAUUAGCAUCUAUAACAGUGAGAACUAGCAGGUGGUUGCUCUGGCAAGUGAAGCCAAUCAUACACGAUCACGACGAGCCUUUUUUCGUGAUUCCUAUAGUGGCAAAUUGUGGUCACAUAUGUUUUGUGAAAAUUGUGUUUUUCCUGUCUUGGGUUGAUUGUUUGCUGCACAGGGCUAUACGAUGAAAGGCCUACUGUGGUAAUUAACUGGUGCAUCGCAAUUGGAGCAGAAAAUUGAGUUUUCAUCCGGAGUUCCUUUGAGAAGGGAUUAUCACAAAAAAAAGUAAGACAAAAGAGUAAGUGCGGGGGAGCGAUUGCAAACUAGUGACUUUUACUAUCGUUUGGGGUUGAGUGCGGAAAUUGCGACUCGGUGAACAUUGCAUUGAACCUGUGUGGCAUAGUGGGAGCUGAAGGUCGAAUAGGCCAGCUGGUGCUUUCGUCUGUUAGACCGGACCAGAGGCAGGUGGCUGCCGCGACUACGCUGGAGCUUAUCCGCAAAAAAAUGAAACCGUACCAACCAUCGGAAAAGCUGGUGGUACGGGACAGCGUCUCGCUCAGCAUGGACGAGGACCUGAGCGAUGAUGUCGAAGAUGAGGUAUUCAUCCGGGACGGUCGCACCUGCCGGACAUACGAGGAUCGUGGAGCGAAGCGACCUCUGAUGGCACCGAGAAAUCGAGGGGGUAAGAACAGUCAAUCAACAAGUUGCGGAACGUCGAGUCCGAUUUUGAAAAAGUACCGAAGAAGGCGAUGCUGGAAUUGUUGUGAGCCGUUUUGCUAUGGAUUGGCGGCUAUUACGGUACUUAUCGGACUAAUCGUUUUAGCGGCGCUGCUGCUAACGGCCUUCCCAACUCCGCUGCAGAAGAUUAGAGUUUGGUUCCACAAGGAAUCCUCAUUUAGCAGUGACGUUAUCCGAGAUAAGUUCAACAGUUUGCUAUAUAGCGGAACGGAUGCCGGCAAUUCUUCGCGGGAGGUAGUCCCAUGUACGCAAAUCACGGUGCAGAAAGUGUGGACCCGCGUGGUAGCACGUGUCAACAGUGAGAGUCCGCUGCGGAAGCUGGAUGUCAACGGGGAUGCGGUAGAAGACGUCAUCGUUGGCUACGGGAUUGAUGAGAUGAUAGAUGAUGCGCGUGGGUUUAUUCCAAGGUGCACUUCACUGAAAACGGGACUGACUGAUAUGUGCGGCGGAGGGUUGAUGGCGCUGAAUGGUAUCAAUGGGAACACCUUGUGGCAGCGGUGGACGUCGUUUACGAUUUUUUCGUUGAAAUGCGCGAUCGACAUCAAUUCGGACGGGCAGAGUGACUGCGUGGCGGCUGGUAGAGGGGGUUUAAUUCUGGCAAUCGAUGGUAAGAACGGAAACAUUCUCUGGGAGUUGAAGGAUUAUUCGGAUCUGGAGAGUUACGCCGAAACUAGCAUAGAUUUGUACACGAUUAAUGUGGUGAGAGAUUUGAAUAAUGAUGGGAUCGGCGAUGUUUUGGCGGUUCACGUUGAGGAAACACAACGGGCUCACGGAGGUCACAUAAAGCUAAUUUCUGGAGCUACUGGAAUCAUUCUGAAAAGCAUUCCUACGCCGUACCGGGAAGAAAUGUUUGUUCCGAUCCAAGCUCUAGUGCGUAAGGACGGUACAGAGCAAUUUUUGAUGGUCACUGGAGGACAGAAUUCACCUGGCGGUAUCUAUACGUUGAAACAGGAGAGUUUGAUGAAAUUUACGGAUGAGAAGGACUUCGAGCCAAUCAAACGCAUCGAUUUAUCGGGAUUCAUGGUCCCGGCUGUACUGUCGGAUCUUAAUGGUGAUUCGGUUGAGGAUAUCGUCGUUAGCUCGUUCAACUCUACUGUUUAUGCUUUUGACGGGGUGAAUAAGACACAAUUAUGGGAUUAUACAAUACCAGAUUCGGAGAGUGUCAGCUCGAUCGUCCCUGGACACUUUGACCAUGACAACGUCACUGACUUCAUGGUAAAAUACAACACGGGCCCAGGUUUUCCGAUCUACUACUACUCGCAGACUACGAUUCUUAAUGGAACAAAUGGACAACCUUUCCUGGACACGAGUGUGAAAGAUUCAGGAGGUCCAAACAGUUUACUCGGUGGAAUAACGAUAUCCCAAACAGGGGGAGGCGACUUUUUCCUACAUUGGCAGAUUCAGUGUAGAGACAAACUGCAAACAACCGAAGAAUAUCAAUUUAUACCAGAGAGUGACAUUAUCCAACAAUCCCGGGCGGAUACAUGCAUGCUCCGGUACAACCAGUCAUCUGUUCUUAAACUAUACGCGAUUAAUCGACACGUGGAACCACCGGGUGCGGUCAUCUUCUCUACGGAUGAUUUAGUGGUAAAACUGAACGAAACCGAGACUCAGCGAUUGCGUGAGGAGUACGUAGCACCGAUCAAGCAUCCGAAGAUGAAGCUGAAGGGAAAGGAUGACGGCCAGAAAGCUAGCGAUACCCAACAGGGCCAGGUUCGAAUGGAUAAGAAACUGGACCAACACAGUGCCCCGGGUAGUGUAGAAACCGGAGCGGGUACCAGUGAUGUGGGUGUUGUAAUGACAGGUCCUAAAAAGGUCGCCAGUGAGGCUAGAAAGCAGAAAUUGCGGGAACACAUGUUGAGCUCCAACAGAAUACCUGAAACUCUUGAGGUCGAAGAGGAACACAAGCGUAAGGAAAAGAUGAAUAUGAAUAAUGUUUACAAAAAGUACACGUACAAUGCGAAUGAUGGCGAAGAUUUGGUGAACGUUGAAGGCGAGAAGCCAUAUAUUUAUCUUCCUUACGAUCAAAUGGAUACAGACCCGAGAAAUCCAUUCAUUCAGAACCAAAUACCGGUUCCGCCGCCUCAAACAGACUACGACUAUAGCGCAAUUAACGAUGAGGACAACCGACGCAGAUAUCAACGGCCACGCUACCGUAAUAGUGACACCAGAUACUCUGGGGGAAGGGAUGUUAGGAGCAAAUUUGGAGGUUUCGAUGAAGUAGACCUGCGUGAAUCGUCUCUCGAAGCGGAUGCGUUGAACGAGACCAAUCCAAAUUCUCAGAUCGUCAAAAAAGUAUUGCUAAACGAUGAGAUACUAGAAGAGCUAAAAGAAAACGAGAGCAGCCCUAAAGGUUCCAAGGAAACCCUAUGGGAUCUGGAGAUGGAAAAGGAAGCCAAGGAAGCAGUGAAUGAUAUAAAUUCUCUUAACUUCGACUACAACAAAAAAGAAAAACGCCAAUCAGAACCUAAGACAAACAUUUCACAACCAUCAAGCACACCGAUGCCAACUGCACCACAAGCGUCCCCGAACGAGAAUAUUCUUCCGUCGAUCGCCUCAACCGGAGUUCUGCUCAAAUCGCUUAACACUUCUGCCGUCAACCCAACCAUCGAUUACGUUUUUGUUAUGAACAUCCGUGAAUCGGAAACGUAUCCACCACUUUUUCUUGAACAGGACCUAUCCUGCGUACAGGAAAAGCUAUCAGCCUAUCGAACCUUCAGUAGUGAUGAUCUGAUACAACUGGAGAAGAAGUUCCUAAAGCAGUGUUUAAAAUCGAGACUUCCCGACCUGAAACCCAGCUAUCAAAAGUUCGAGACACAGAUUAUCGUCACCCGGUUGGAGAUUGGCUGUUCCUGUGGUGCGAAUUUGAAUCCUUCGCGGGAGGUCUGUUCCAAGCUGCACAGCUACGAUCAGCAAAGAUGGACCGAGUACAUGGGGAAUGCCGGCAGCGGUACCUACUGAGAUCUGGGCGGAGAGGGUGAGAUGAUUUGAGGCACCGCGGAAGAUCAACCUCAGCGACUUGCACACGAUGAAAGUAGUAGCACAACUAGAUCCGCAUCAUUCUACUGGUAGAAACUCAUCCUAACAAACGCUUCCUUGAGCCCUUUUCGUAUCUCUUCCAAACUACACCCGAAUGUAGAAACCUAGGAUUUCCUCUUUGAUCGUAAACCAUGUACAAACUGCUACAUAUGUAAAGUUAAUGAGUGAUGAUCUACUGGAGAUGGUGGGAGAGGGAACGAGUGGUUCAUUUAUUUGGACCAACCAAAUUGACUUCAAUCCAAUCACAACUUAUUUAUAUCAAUCAAAUGGAUACUAUAAAACGGUGGGGAAAAUUGUUGAUGGGUAACUUGUGUUUAAAAUUAAUAACUAGACUAGAGCAAUGCAUCAAUAAACAUGUUUUAUGAAACACAUGAAACUGAAUGAAAGAAAAUACAUCCAUAUAUUUAUUUUUACUAAGACUAACAUAUUUUUAUUUAUAGGUAUGUGUAACAAGAGCAAAAUAAAUAAUAGUGAACAUGAAUGAUUGUAAAAAUUGGAUUUGAUAGACGCAGGUGUGAAUAAAGAUGGGAAGGAAAAAAAACUA